AUGCUGACAGCACUAGUUCGCUCACAGUGGGCCACACGCGAUGCUAAUGCCCGUCUUGCUGUGCGUCGCCACUUACCGACCGCUGAGCGUGCGCACUAUAGUCAGUACAAGAGUGCUAAGACCUUGUACGAUGCUGUAGUUGCACGUUACUCUUCUCCUGCUACUGCUGCUCUUAGCAGCCUCAUACUGCCGUACCUGUUCCCUGUCCUCGAUGCCUUCCCCACAGUCGCCGACCUCAUUAUGCACCUUCGCACUAGUGACACUCGCUACCGCGCUGCGCUUCCUGCUGAGGACCACUUCCUCUCAGUUUGCCCCACCACACUCACCGUUGACCUCCUCGAGGAGCGCCUCCUGGCAGCAGAGAAGAGUAUAGUCGCUGUAGGAGCCUCUCGUGGUGACCCUCGCACCCCUGUCUUUGAGGGGUGUUCCCCCUCCCCCCUCUUGCCCUCUGUUGCCUCUGCUGUUGCGGCCGACCUCGUUGGCCUCGAGGCGGCCGGAGCCGCGUCUGCCCCUAGCGGGAUACGCCGCACCGGCAAGGGCAAAGGGGGCAAGGGCGCUGGAGGAGAUGGCGGGGGCGGUGGAGGUGGCGGUGGAGGCGGUGGAGGGGGUGGGGGUGGUGGUGGGAGUGGUGGCGGGGGUGGAGGCGUUGGUGGCAGCAGUGGAGGCAGAGGAGGCGGAGGCGGUGGUGGUGGGAGCGGAGGAGGCGGAGGCGGAGGAGGCGGAGGUGGAGGAGGCGGCGGAGGUGGCGGCGGCGGCGGUGGAGCUGGUUGCGGCACUACGCAGAGGGGUGGCUCCAGUGGUGGUCAGCGCCAGCAGCAGCAGCGCACUCGUGAGACCCCGUCCCCCCAGCAGCUUCGUGAGUGGUACGCUCGGCGUCAGCGGGGUGGGGGCGCUGGUCCCUGUACCUACGUCCUCCGUACUGGCGACCGCACUGGUGACCAGUGCGGGGGCCCGCACCCCACCCUGCGCUGCUUCGGCCGCCUGACGGACGCUUGGCGUCAUCAGUUCCCUGACGCCACGGAGAUCCCUCGCUGGUGCGAGCUGUCUAGGGCGGGUGUUGCUACCUUUGAUCUUGACUUUGAUGCUAUUCUUGCUGCCAUGUAUGCUGUGUCUACUAGUGAUGAGGGUGUGGCUGCUGCUCUAGGUGCUGGUGAGGCCGCUGCUCUAGGUGCUAGUGAGUCCGCUGCCCCAGGUGCUGGUGAGUCUGCUCUCUCAGGUACCACGUCGGCUCAUGGCCUCUCACACCUUCACCCUUGA